AUGAAAGGAGAACCUCGAGGAGUUAUAGUAAGAGGUGAAACAUUUUACCACAAUGAUACCGGCGCUCGACGUUCUAUUACUAAACCCAGAAAAUACUCUUCAAACAUAUUACCAGAACCUAUCACCGCCUCCCCAAGAGUAAAAAAAAUUGAAGACGUAGAUAAUUUGCUAACAAAACACUUUGGAAAAGAGUGGAGACAAAGAGAGGACCUCAACUAUUAUAGACAAUUAAGAAAUAAUGCGGAUGCUGAUACUAAUGAUGAUAACGUAGAGGAGGCAUUGUUGUGUGAAGAAUAUGCUGAAGAACCUUGUGAUCUUACUGAAAAGGACAUUCUUCAUGGUCUUAAUGACUCAGAAUAUAAGUCAAUCUCGGAAGAUGACCCUUUUGAAGAUAUUGAGACGGAUAAUAAGGCCUGCCUAAUAACUAGAGGAAUCUUCAAGUUCUUCCUGUGA